AUGGACAGCGACAGCAGCAUUGAUCAGCUCUUUGGCGACGACAUUGCACCUCGCGAGCUGCCGACGUGUGCCGUCGAGCACUUGGACGCGAUUCUGCUCCUGUUCAAGUCGUCGCACCCGACAGUGCGGUCGAAAGUAGUGACGGACCUGGCGGACGAGGACGGCGCGUACAUUGUCGAGCUCUUGGACCUCUUUGACGUCUGUGAACUGGACGCCGAUCCGGUCGUGCUGCACAAGCUCUUUGACGUUUUCUACGCUAUACUGGAGAUGUGCAAUCGCGAGUUGAUUGCGAUUCUACUGGACGAGAAGAACUUUCUCUCCGUGGUGGGCGUGUUUGGCUACAAUCCUGGAUUGAAGCGUGAGACGGACUUUCGGUCAGCGUUGGAAGGAGACGGAGGGUUUAACGAGGUGAUUCCGAUCACUGAUCGAUCUGUGGUGGAGCGUGUGCACACCAACUUUCGUAUCCAAGUGAUUAAAGACAAUGUGCUGUCGCGCUCUUUACCAGACGGAUGCAUGCUUUUGCUGGAGUACAUGGCGAACGAGAAUAACUUUUACAUUCUCUCGUACAUUUCUGAGACCGAAGAUUAUCGAGAGACUGUUAAGGAGCUAAUUGCCAGUGGUGAUAAGCGCCAGGAUGGCCUUGGACUGCUGAAAGCGAUUAUCGACUUGACCCGGGUGACGAAGCGGUUGGACAGGCCUCAACGCCGUGAGCCGUUUGGAGCCCUGCCUGUGUUCAGCUCCAUCAUUGACACGCUUUUUGACGAUGGCAAGCUUUUUGCGGCAUUUGGUGCUAUUUUGGGCUCUCCUGACUCGAAAGCGGGUGAAGUUGCGUCAGUGGUGGACAUUUUGAAUGUGUUGGCAUUUUACCUGGGCUCCGACAGACUACGGGCAUAUCUCGCAAGUGAGGGAAAGUGUGUACUAGCGCCAACGUCGGAUGAUGAGCGCAUCGCGUGGACACCCGAAUCAUCGCUGUUUACGGCACUGCUGGUUGUCUUUGAGCGCGACGAGCCGUUACGCAUCCAAGUGUUUAAUCUGCUGAGGGAGAUCUUCCGCGUGCCGCAGGGGCAGGACGACAAAUUUUUGAGCGUCUUGUACCCGAAUUAUAUGCGCUGGUUGCUCCAGCCACUGAAGAGUAAUUUGUCUGUCGAAAACGAGUCCGCCAUGUUCAAUUUGCAUGACAGCAUCAUGGAGCUGCUCACGUUCUGCACGGAGAACCACGGUUACCGCGUGAAGUAUCUGUUCGGACGGCAACCGGUUGCAUCGUAUGCUGAGAAAAUGCUUCGUUCGAAGAACAAGCUCUUCGUUAUUCACGCUGUCAAGUUUGUCCGAGCUUGCGCAGUCCGAUCAGAAGCUUUCUUUUCCCGAUUUCUGAUUCAGAACGAUCUGUUUACGCCAAUGCUAGCCAAUUUGGAGAUUGGAAAAGCAAAUACGGGAGCCGUCAGUUCCGCAAUCUUGGAAGUGUUGUCAUUUAUUGAGAAGGCAAAUCUGAUGUCAUUGGUCGAAUACGUUUACACAAAGUUUUAUGAGACCUACAAAGCAGAAUGCCCGUUAGUGUUUGAAGCCAUCCGUGUGCGCUGUGAUCGAAACUCAGGCUCAGCGGACGCGGCUUCCGAUUCUAGCGGGACCAGUACAAUUCGGUUUGUACGAGCAGGAAGUAUUGACGAUACGGAGGAGUUGUAUUGGGAAAAAGAUACGGAAACGGAAGGUCCUGCACUUGAGCUUAAAAGUGGGCUAUCGGAGGAGGAGGUGUGCUGUCAAAAUCGUCCGAGGUCAAUCAAGUUGGUGGACUACGACGACGAUGACGACGAUGGGACUAGUGUGGAGAAAGAUGUAAUAGGUGAUGGAGCACCCUCCCCAUCUGUAAGUGAUGCUGAUGCUGACAACGAUGACGAACGAGAACUCCUGCUUCCAGUACGCAAGAAGGAAGAAGAAGAUGUGGACACUCAAUCAUUUUUGGGGAAGAGCAAUGUGCUUGCUCUCAAGAAAGCUCAUCACAAAGCCUUUGGCAAAUCCCGAUCGCCGCAGUUGAAGACCGUGUUCCAGAAAAUAUCAUGGAAGCUCACAGCACCCAACAGCAGCAGUGAGAAUGGAUGCAGCCCGUUGACGAAAGCAACGACCGAGAAGAGCGAUCGCAACAACGACGACAGCAAUGACGCAAAAUGCGAUAGUAGUGGUAUGAAUGUAGGAAGCAACGCCGUUGCCUGUGGCGAUGGCGCAAGUGGCAAGUCAGCAGCGUUAAAGCGGAAGCUGGUUCUGGAGGAAGCGGCAAACUCAGAGUCGCUGCUCAAGAAAGCCAAGGCAUGUACUCCGAUCAGCUCUAGUUAG